CAGAGAGAGAGAGAGAGAGAGAGAGAACUCCAGCAGUCAGAUCUUAGCUGUGGUGAGGACACCCAGGAGAAGUGCAUUCCUGAGGCAGCAAGCUGAGGAGAAGGCGGCAGAGAUAGAGCGGAGAAGUCGCGGCAUCCUUUAAAUCUCUCCAUGACCACGUCUGACUGCCUCUGACCUCCUCUGGACUCGCACACUCCUCAAUCACACACAAGCGCACACUCGCCGCCUCGCAUACAGACACACACUCACACACACACACACACACACACCAGCGGCACAACCGGCUCUGCUGCUCGUCAGAAGUGAAGGAUUUCAGAACCAGGCGGAGGAAAUCACACCAGCGAGGAGAAGGAUAAGAUCCUGUCACUUGAUUCAGUGCCAUGCAGUUUUGAGCUGAGUCAACCGAAGCCGAUCUGUGUUAAAAACCGUCUUGCUGUUCGCACCGUCCCUCCUGGUGUCAGAUGGAGCUCAAAGUGUGGGUGGACGGAGUGGUGCGCGUUGUGUGCGGGCUGUCCGAGGAGACGUCCUGCCAAGACGUCGUCAUUGCUCUGGCUCAGGCCAUUGGUCAGACAGGCCGGUAUGUUCUGAUCCAGCGUCUUAGGGACACAGAGAGGCAGCUGUUGGCCACAGAGAAGCCUCUGGAGUCUCUGGCUAAGCUAGGCCAACAUGGCAGUGAAGUUCAGUUCUUCCUGCGCCGCACUGGCCCCAGCAGCAGCGACGGGCCCAGCUCUAAACAAGACAGACCUUCUCCCCUCCCACUACCCAAGCAUCCUGAGCCUGAGCCUUCAAAACGCAGCCAGCCUAAGAAAGCACUUACGUUUAACCUGGGACCAUCCACCUCUCCUAGAACCAAAGCCAAACAGUUUAAGAAAUCUCCUCGGGACUCACCAGAGCAAAGAGCCUCCCCCUCCCCAUCUCCUAGCCCUGUUUCCAGUCAUGUGCCAUCACCCUCUCCCUCACCACCAAUAGGCCCAUCCAAAGAGGAGGUCUUUAGGAAGGUUCUUCAGCAACAGGAGAGGCUGAGGGCUUUCGAGUCCCAGCUAGAAACCCUAGAGAGGGAGUCACACACCUGGGAGCAUUCCUACCCAUCUCCGUGUCCUUCACCAGUCUCUGACGCCCGCUUGCAAGAAGAAUUGGACGCUCUGGAGCAAGCGAUGCGCAGGAACCAGGCCGAGCUUGCUCACGAGCAUUACUGGGAGGAGGAGCUUCAGGCAGAGGUGGAAAAGGAGCGAGGAAUGAGGAGGAAGCUGGGGGAGCUCCUCACCAAGCUAGAUGACUGUGGACGGCGGCUCCACGAGUUCUCUGUUCGCUCUGCUCAGCUGGAGCAAGAGAUCCAGAGGGAAAGCCAGGCGGAGGGGAAAGCUAACAGGCCUGAGGAGUCCCUCGACGUUGUGAAGUCAGAGCUUCAUAGCCGGGAGAAUCUCGCAAAAGAUCUGGAGGAGCAGCUUUCUGAGACUGACAAGGCUCUGGGGAAGGCAGAGUCUCUGCUGCAGGCCAAACAGGAGGAGCUGGAGGAGUUGAACAAGGAGCUGAGGCAGUGUAACCUGCAGCAGUUUAUACAACAGACAGGUGUCCUGCCAGCGCACACCCACUCACGCACAGAGCUUCAGGAGCAACUGGAGCAGUUAGAGCUGGCACAUCUCCUGCAGGAGGGAUACAGUAAUGGAGGCCACAGCCUAACUUCACUGGAAUCGCCGCCUCGCCCCACCGCCAAACAGUUCCUGGGACAUCCACGCAACCUGCAAAACCCUCUCGUGUCCAGUCUCAACCCUGAGGUCCUGACAUCCAGAGAGUCGUCAUGGAGAUAAAACAUGGACCGCAUGGCCAAGGGAAACUUGUUCACUGUUCUGUCACCGUCACCUCAUAUUUAACCCCGUUAUCUUUGUAACUCUAUUUAAUCUACCAUGAUAUACAUACUGUAUAUACAUAAGACAGAAAUAUAUUUACAGAGUUUUGCUACUGUAAACACUACAGAUGAUAUGUAUGAAAUGUAAAAAAUAAUUUAGAAACCUUUUACCUAGAGCAAUUAUUACUAUUACUAUGUAUUUAAAUAUAAUAAAAAUGUGCAUUGUGUUUUAGAUAA